UAGGCCAGUAGGGCAGGGUAGUAAACCUAGUCUAUGUCGUAUCACUUGGAUUCCUUGAAUAGGCCUAUAGAGAAACUCAAAUGUAGUCUAUCAGUAGCCUACUGUACAUAGUAAUACAUUAAUCGCUCGAGCAGUUUCCUCGAAGUUUAAACAGACCCUGGCUGGGAGAAGUAAAUCAGUCAGCACUACCGUGCAGUGCACACAUCAAACCCGCGCACUUACGUAAGGACAUCCAUGGUAUCCAAGCUCGUAACUAUGAACCUCCUCUUAAACAACAUGGCGCAUGUGUACAGCUGCGCUGCAAAUAUAGACGAUACAUCCAGUUAGGUGGGAAAUUAGUCAUUUAUGCUCACCUAGCACCUAAAAUAGACUUCGGCGACACGAUCGGAUGCAGACGCUCGCGCCUGUUUACUUUGACAAACAGCAUCAGUCUCUGCGCGCUUUGACAACUUUGCGCGAGCUCACCUGUUUACCAUGAAGACGAGAGAGCCUUUCAGGUCCUGAACCGUUACUUCGUUUCAGAUCGAAUGUUUUGUUACUGUGGGUACCGUGUAUGCGGGUACUGUUAGUUCUUUUAACUUGUUUUAGUUAAGAAAAAAGCACGAAAAAGCUAUGUGACUGCGACUUUAACCAGACUUCAACGGAUGAAGAAAUGCUACUCAACAUUAUGAGAGAAAACAACACACAACUGCACCAGGGGGAAAGGGAGAGAGAUAGACUCCCUCCAAUUUCAAAUCAUUCCUCUGGUACUGAUCGUGGACCAAAGCUGCCAUAUCCUUCCCUCAAUUUAAUCCCAAACCACAAAAAGGAGGCUGGUAGCCACAGCUUCUCCUCCCAGUUUAUUCUUCCUGGCAUACGGCAUGGCAGAGAUCUUCCCCCCAUCUGUCCUGAUGUCAGACAAAAGCAUCAACAUCGCAUCACCAUUGACAUUCUGUCUCCUGAGGUCAGGGCUCGCUUUGCCUCCGAUCCUGUCAUCCCCAUCCGCACCAAGACAGCCAAAGAGUUUCAGGAGGACAUUGAGAGGGCCACGGUCUCCGGCGAUUGGAAACACGUCCAUGACUUCUACUUGACCACAUUCGACUCCUUUUUGGAACUGAAUGCUGCCUUUAAGAAAGAAGCAAACGCUCCGUUCAACACGAUUGAAGACUCAGGAAUCAAUACCAAAUUUGUCAAUGCUGUCUAUGACACGUUAUUGCUCACGCCUCCUGAUACCCAGAGAGCAGUGCUGAAGGGGAUCAUUAACAGCUUGUUAAGAGAAUGGAAGGGUCGACGGACGAAGGAUGACCUGAGAGCGUAUUUCAUUCUAGUUCAGAAUCCUCAGUGCACCAGCCCAGCCACAUAUGUCAUCUAUGCACACUUACUGAGGCAAAUAGCCGCGCUGGCUGAAGCAGACCAUAAUUUCCUGAUGCACUGGUUUAAGAAGCUGUCCCAGAAGCGAUUCAAACAGCUAGUGGAGCGACUCCACCUCUUCAUCUCCACCCGUCUGUUCCCAGCCAAGCCUGAGGAGCUGCCCCCCAUGGCCAAGUGCUACUGGUGGAUCCCCGCUGCCACCAAGGUCCUCUCCCUCCUCAAUGCAGCCAAUAGCAUUUCUUGCACUCCCUUCAUGCAUUUUGUUGACUUCUACAACCUCACACUGGACCACACUGACUUCAUGGAGGAUUAUCACACAUGGCAGACUCAUGGAAACUCUACCAGGUUUACAUUCUGCCAGUUCCCCUUCAUUCUAUCCACGGUGGUGAAGAAAGCAAUCAUCCAGAAGGACUCGGAGCAGCAGAUGAUCAGCAUGGCCAGGCAAAGCCUAGUGGACAAAGUGUCUCGCAGACAGCGAGUUGACAUGAGCCUGCUGUUUCUCAACAUCAAAGUCAGGCGGCUGCAGCUGGUCAGUGACUCACUGGAUGAGCUUGCUAGAAACCGAGCAGACUUGAAGAAGAAGCUGAAAGUGACGUUUGUGGGGGAGGCUGGUUUAGACAUGGGUGGUCUGACCAAGGAGUGGUUCCUCCUUCUCAUCCGACAGAUCUUCCAUACAGACUACGGCAUGUUUACAUUCUUCAAGGAUUCCCACUGUCACUGGUUCAGCAGCUGGAAGUGUGACAACUACUCCGAGUUCCGAUUGGUCGGAGCCCUCAUGGGCCUGGCCGUGUACAACAGCAUCACCCUGGACAUCCGCUUCCCUCCUUGUGUCUACAAGAAGCUUCUGACCCCGCCCGUGGUGCCGUGUGACCCCGAUACCCCCAUUGGCAUGGCGACCCUCACCCUGGACGACCUGCAGCAGGUCAUGCCUGAUCUUGCUCAUGGGCUGGCAGAACUUCUCAGCUAUGAAGGCAAUGUGGAGGAGGACUUCUGCACAACUUUUCAGGUGUCGCAGGAAGAACUAGGUGUGAUCAAGUCCUACAAUCUGAAACCAGGAGGAGAUAAGAUUCCUGUCACCAACCAGAACAGGAAGGAGUAUGUCCAGCUGUACGUAGAUUUCCUGCUGAAUAAGUCCAUUUACAGGCAGUUUGCUGCCUUCUUCUAUGGCUUCCACAGUGUGUGUGCCUCCGACGCCUUGUUGUUGCUGAGGCCAGAGGAGGUGGAGAUCCUGGUGUGUGGCAGUCCCAACCUGGACAUGAGCUCUCUGCAGAAGGCAGCCCAGUAUGAGGGCUACAGCAAGACUGACCCCACCAUCAGGGCAUUCUGGGACGUGGUGCUGGCCUUCCCUCUGGAGCUCCAGAAGAAGCUGCUCCAUUUCUCAACAGGAAGUGACCGUGUCCCCGUGGGCGGAAUGGCCGACCUCAACUUCAAGAUCUCCAAGAUUGAUGCAUCCACCGACUGGUUGCCUAUAUCUCACACAUGUUUCAACCAGAUCUGCCUGCCAACAUACAAAAAUAAAAAAGAACUGAAGCAGAAAUUAACUAUUGCCAUUUCAAAUGCAGAAGGGUUUGGACUGGAGUGAACUCUGAUCUACAAACCACAAUGGUGGAAUUGUCAUUUAUCUUGUUUUGUGGUCAGUAGGGUGUGUACAUUUGGAUAUGUUCAGACAUGCUAUUGGUAUACCAGUAAGCUCUCCGCUUCAAAUGUUCUUAGCAAUUAACUUAACCAAUCUGUUUGUAUAGAAAUAUGAGUGAAACGUUAUAUUACAGGUAAAGCUUUCAGAGCACUUGUUUGUGCUCUCAAUACCUUUGCCUUUUGGAAAUGGACUUGGAAAAGGUUCUGCCCAGUCCAGCAACAAUGAAGUAGUUUAUUAAAGUAAGGUGUUGAAUGUAGGUUAGAUCCGGGCUGUUUUGGACUGUGAUAAAAUAUCUAGACAGUCUGUCAGUACUGAGGUGUAGGUUCUUAGUGACAGAGCCCAUCUCUCUUCCUGAACUGAGUACCUGUACUCUCUGUCUUUGACGAAAGCCUUUUCAGGCUUAAGAUUGAAGUCAUUCUGAGACUGUUGGUAAAUUAUGAACACAGAGAUUGUCUCCUUGGUAUUUAUACUAAUAUAUUUUGUUGUCAGAGGUCUCAGUGGUUUUAAAACAUUUGGAAGAAGUUUCUGUUAUUUGUGAGCAGACUUUUUAGACCAUCCUUUCAGGAUGUUUUAAUGUAGAGCCUGAAAGGGAAUCAAGCUUCAGUAGGGUUUAAUCAUGUUACAGUAGUUGUGCUGGUUUAUGACCAUUGUUAAUGUGUGGACUCUGGGUAUACCUCUUCCCCCCCCCCCCCCCUAAUUGUCAGUGAUGCCUCUCGAUACAGAUUACGUCUAAUGGAUACGCUUGGGACAUUUGGCAUAUUGUAUGGAAAGGUAUGAAAUGGUUAUGAAACACUAAUAGGAUCGUGAUUGAUAUCAAGGCAAAUAAGAGUUAUAUGGACCUCACACACCUGCAGGUUAGAAUGAUGAAACGGGUGUAUGAUCGGGAACUAUGUAAUUUAAUGCGGUUGUAAAGUGAUCUCUAUUGUAAAGUGAGACCUCUUGUGUUGUAGUAGUUAACUCACUCUCAGGAUGUCCACAUUUCAUGUACUGAACGACUCUUCUGAAAUGAUGAUCUUGAUCAGAAAAAUAAGGUAUUUGUUAACGCAGUGGAAAGGUAAACUGCUUUAUUAUUUAAAAAUUGAUAGGGCAUGGGUGACGGAGAGAAUUGAAAUGGUGCAGUUUGAGGCCAUGGAGCGGAAAGUGAUGCGGGUGCUGGAGAUGUGGGUCUGGGCAGGGGUGAAGUUGUGGAUUUUUGUAUGAUGUUGUCGUUUGUAUGUGUAUAUUUUGUAUUGUUCAUCAAAUAAAAUAUUUUUUAAAAGGUA